UGCAGUUUGCAAUUUACACUGGUGCAGGUGUUCAGAGAAGCUGACGUGCCAAUUGAAUGGGAGGAACAUUAUGUUGGCACCGAAAUAGAUCCGAGAACGCAGAGUUUCCUAACAUGGGAAAGUUUAGAGUCGGUGCGGAAAAAUGGGGUAGGCUUGAAAGGGCCAAUGGCCACACCAAUUGGGAAAGGUCAUCGUUCCUUGAACCUUACUCUGAGGAAAGAACUUAAUUUGUAUGCAAAUGUCAGGCCUUGUUACAGCUUUCCUGGCUACAAAACUCGAUAUGACAAUGUCGAUCUUAUCACUAUUCGUGAAAAUACAGAGGGAGAGUAUAGUGGACUUGAGCAUCAAGUGGUGAGAGGUGUUGUUGAGAGCCUCAAGAUCAUCACCCGUCAGGCAAGCUUGAGGGUUGCUGAGUAUGCUUUUCAUUAUGCUAAGGCCCAUGGAAGAGAGAGAGUCUCUGCAAUUCACAAAGCAAACAUUAUGCAGAAAACUGAUGGUCUUUUUCUUAAGUGUUGUCGUGAGGUUGCGGAGAAGUACCCUGAAAUCAAAUAUGAGGAAGUUGUCAUUGAUAAUUGCUGUAUGAUGGUAUGA